CUCCUGUCUCUUUUUACCUUUCCUUUAUGUACUAUCUUCUUCUCAAUUAUAAGCUCUGAGCUAGAAAAAUGGAGUCGCGCAUCAGAAAACCAAAUAAUAAACCCUUUCUCCUUCUGAUACCAUCUCCACCUCCUUCAACUCCAUCGCACUUCUCGUCACUUCUGCUCUGAACCCUAUUCUUGGUUUUCCCAGUAACGCCAUGGCUGCUGCUCUCGAAUGCUGGUCUAGUCGUACCAGCACUGAUGAAGAUUUGGUAGAGCAGGUUCUAAUGAAGACCCAAGAUAGAUCAGAGGUAUUCUCGGCGGCUUCACCUGCACAGCCUGGUAAAGAUUCAUCUAAUGUACAGAAGAGAUUGCAGAAGCUGAGAAGCAAUGUGUCUGAAGCGAUAACUACGCUUAAGAAUACUUUGAAUCUGGACUCAGUUCGUGAACCACCGGCCAGUAGGAUUGAGAUUUCUAGAAAGCUUAUGUGGGGUGGUGUUGUAAGGAAUCUUACCCAGUUGUACCCUGGUAGUCAGCUUCCAGAGAAGCUCAUCUCCAAUAUUCGCAAGCAUUUCGAUUCCUUACCCUUCAGCUAUGCCCAAGCGGGAUUCGAUAUGAAAGAAGUCUUUCUUCACAUUCGAUUGAUUGAGCAGGCAGCGGUUGAAGACCACCCUGCAAUUGUGAUUCAAGAAGUAUCUGACGAUGACACCCAAGGAUCUGUUUCCAAGCUUACAUUUGCUUGUAACUCUUCGAUUUCAUGGCCCACGCUGUCGGGAGCACUUGAUAAUGCGGCCAUUUGCUGCAAGAAAACCCAGAUCUUUGAGAAGAAGGGUUUUACUCUUGGGGUCAUUCUUGUUCUGGUUCAAUAUGGACAAGAAAAGCAUUUCAAAAUUCGGAUCGAGAGUGCCCUGAAAUCUGCCCUGAAGAAACCUAAACCGACCACAAUGAAGCUCCCAUUUGGGCUCUGCGGGUGCCAGGAGGAGAACACAAGGGGCCGAGAAAUCAUUGAGACAGAUGAUGAGAAAGGUGAACAGAGUUACGGAAAUGGCGCUGGGAACUCGAACCCUAAGGUACAGCUCUCUAGUCCACUGCCCGAAACUUCUUACGUUGUCUCUGUUGAUGAAUGGCAGACGAUCCGAUCGGGUGUUGACGAAAUUGGGAAAUGGCUCCUGAACUCUGAUCAGGUUGAGUUCAUUGAUCAGAUCGGACCAACUUCCUUCAAGGGUGUUUACAAGGGCAAACGAGUAGCCAUCGAGAAGCUAAAAGGUUGCGAGAAGGGUUGUUCUUAUGAGUUCGAGCUCCGGAGAGAUCUCCUGGAGCUGAUGACUUGUGGGCACAGAAACAUAUUACAGUUCCAUGGCGUCUGCAUUGAAGAAACACAUGGGUUGUGUGUGGUGACUAAGAUGAUGGAAGGAGGAUCAGUCCAGGAGAUUAUACAAAAGAACAGGAAACUACAAACUAAGGAAAUAUUAAGGAUUGCAAUUGAUGUUGCAGAAGGGAUGAAGUUCAUGAACGACCAUGAUGUCGCAUACAGAGACCUCAACUCGCAGAGGAUACUUUUGGAUAGACAGGGUCAUGCUGGUGUUGGGGAUAUGGGCAUUGUCACGGCUUGCAAGGACAAUGGAGAGGUGACGGAGUAUGAAACUGACGGUUACCGCUGGCUAGCUCCUGAGAUAAUUGCAGGGGACCCUGAGAGUGUGACAGAGACAUGGAUGAGUAAUGUUUAUAGUUAUGGGAUGGUGGUGUGGGAGAUGGUGACGGGAGAGGCAGCGUAUUCGGCUUAUUCACCAGUGCAAGCAGCUGUUGGGAUUGCUGCGUGUGGGCUGAGACCAGAGAUCCCCAAGGAUUGCCCUCAGCUUCUGCGAUCUUUGAUGAUGAAAUGCUGGAACAAUUGCCCAUCAAAGCGCCCCCAGUUCUCUGAAAUCUUAGCUAUUUUGAUGCGCUCCAACAAUGCCAACACUACUACAUCCAGCACCAGCAAUAGUAGUUGACAUGACCACCAUUCUCUCUCUCUCUCUCUCUCUCUCUCUCUCUCUCUCUCUCUCUCUCUCUCUCUCUCUCUCUCUCUCUCUCUCUCUCUCUCUCUCUCUCUCUGAGUCUUGUAGAAAGCUGGAAAGCUGGAAGCUAAUCCGUGAUUGAAAAAGGUAAAUAAGGGGGUGGAGGAUGUUUGUGUACAAAAAGUUGAGAAAAAGAGAAGGUAAAAUUGCCCUUAACCACAGUGUUGCUGUGCCCAAGUGUAGAUUACAUAUUGCAUAUCCUUGCUAUGCUAGGAAUCAAUAUGAAUAUAUCCUUUUCAUCUUUUGUUAUC